AUGACUCACACCGACUUGAAGCCGGAGAACAUCCUCCUGGCCACGACGGAGCUGCCCGCGAAUUGCGACUUUCCUCGCGAAGCCGCAUGGCAGGAGAAAAACAAAGCCUCCGCCAAGAAGAGCGGUCAAAAGUAUCUUCGACCACGGAGCAGCGAGAUCAAGCUCAUCGAUUUUGGAAACGCGACGUACGAGGACGAGCACCACUCGUCCAUCAUCAAUACGCGCCAGUACCGUGGGCCAGAGGUGAUACUAUCUCUGGGAUGGAACGACAGAUCGGACGUGUGGUCCAUGGGAUGCAUCUUGAUGGAGCUCUAUACUGGAGAGUUGCUUUUCGGCACGCACGAAAACUUGGAGCACAUGGCACUCAUGGAGAGAAGUCUUGGUCGGAUGCCGAGUAAAAUGCUUGCGGCCUCUCCGACCGCGGCGCGGGAGAAGUACUUGGCGAGGGAUCGAUACGGCGACAUGCGGCUAAAUUGGCCCACGGGCGCCCAAUCCCCAUCCUCGGAGAGACACGUUCGAAACCAGUUGCCGCUGGACCAGAUGGUAGCGCCGCAGCACCAAAGCUUCGCGACCUUCGUAGGUCACCUUCUGGCUUUUGAUAAGGGAAGCCGCCCGACGUCCAUGGAGGCACUCAGCCACUCGUUCCUGAAGGAGCGAAAUAUUCCCGAGUGA